GUUUAGUUUAUAGGUUUGCAUCUUACUCCAGAGCUAAGAACAUUUUUGAAUAUUUUGUCAUGUCUGGACGUGGCAAGCAAGGUGGCAAAGCUCGCGCCAAGGCAAAAUCGCGCUCCUCUCGGGCUGGUUUGCAGUUCCCUGUGGGCCGUGUACAUCGACUUCUACGAAAAGGCAGCUAUUCCGAGCGAGUAGGAGCUGGAGCACCCGUAUAUUUGGCCGCUGUAUUAGAGUAUCUGACAGCCGAAAUCUUGGAGCUAGCUGGCAACGCGGCUCGGGAUAACAAGAAGACUCGUAUUAUUCCCCGACAUCUUCAGCUGGCCAUACGAAAUGACGAAGAACUCAAUAAACUGCUAGGCAAAGUCACCAUUGCUCAGGGUGGCGUUCUGCCUAACAUUCAGGCAGUGCUACUACCCAAGAAAACCGAAAGUCUCCAUAAAGUCAAGGGCAAAUAAGUAAGUCAGACAAUCCUGCAUUUUGCCUUCGAUUUUGCUGAAUAACAAAGGCUCUUUUGAGAGCCACCUAUGUUUUCAAAGAAAGAGUUGAUUUACUUUCACUACUAAGUGUAAUGACAAUGUGAUUUUUAAAUAAAGUUAGUAAUUUGUGA